UUCUGGGUAAAACAUGGGGUGAGUUGCAUAAGUUUCCCCGGCUGCGUCGUGAAUGGGAUCGGCUGCUGCCCCGUGAUGCAGCGGCUCGCCAGCCUCGCCGCGCGCCGGGAGCUCGGCGGCCUCGCCGCCGGGGUGCGCGCCUGCAGAGGCGGCCUCACUUGCGGCGAGCGGCCGGCGGGGCAGCGGCGGAGCGCGAGCGUCUGCGCGCGCGCCUCCAUGAGGGCCAGCGGCGGGGGGGGGGGCGCGCUCCUCCGCGACAAACACAGAGCGUUCUGCUCGCGGGGCGGAGCGGCGGGGCCACCACGGGACCCCGACCGGAAGCCCUCCGUCUCCGUGGUCGGCAUCCCGGACCCGCUGACCUGGAUCCGGUGUAAAGUCAUCACGGCCUUGAUCGACUUUUACUUUGAGGCAAAUAUAAACUCAGAGGAGUUUGACAGAGGCGUAAAACAGGCUUUGGUCCAUGUCUCCAACAAGAUGUCCAGAGGACGAUACCAUGAGCUGAGGGGGCUGGUGUCCUAUGAGAUGGCGGAGUACGUGGAGAAGAGGUGCAGCUCUCUUAGCGACGCUCAGAGGAAGCAGCUCUCCGUCGACGAGGACGAUAUAAUAUUCAUGCUGCCAGAAGACAUCUCUGUGGUCUUUGACCAGUCCGGGAGAAAAUUCUGCUUUGUCGUCAUGAGAUUUUGGCUACUGUCGUCGCAUGAAGGUCCUGAAGACCCAGAAGGUUCAAAAAUCUUCAAAGUGGCUCCUAGUAAAGAAGCAGGAGGCCAACAGAAAAAAAUUGCAACUGCAGUCUAUGAAUUCCACAGAGAGGUAACCAGCGGAGCUUCUCCAGACUGGAGUAUCACGACGGUUUGGCACUGGAACUGGGGCCCCGCAAAGUGAUCCGUCUACAAGGAGCUGUUCUUUUUAAGGGGGCUAGAGAAAUGGACUCUUUGGACCACAUAAAAACCGGAGCUGUUUGGACCUGUACAGACCUUAACAGUUCAUGAAUAAACCAAGUGUACUGUCCGAGUGUUCUCCAGUGCCUUCAACUGUGUUUCUUAUUUGGAGCGUCCCUCCUCAGAGAACUGAACUUCAUAUGAAAUAAAGUUCUUUACUGUGGUUUCA